AUGCCGGCACCGCUCCCCGGCAGCUGGUGGGCGCUCACCGCCGGUGCCGCGGGCGAGCUGGCUCCUUGUCACCCAGCCAAAGUGACACAGCGGCGCGUAGGAUGGGAUGGGAGGUGUGGGUGCUGUCCCUCUUUUUUUUUUCCUUUCCUGGAGGAGGAGCGGGGGGUGCCGGUGCCGCGGGACGAGCCCCUGGACACGUCGGGCAUCGAGUGGAUCCGCAUGGGCACCACGGUGGCCACCAACGCGCUGCUGGAGCGCCGGGGCGAGCGCCUGGCCCUGCUGGUCACCCGUGGCUUCCGGGACCUGCUCCACAUCGGCAACCAGGCCCGGCCCCACAUCUUCGACCUGGUGAGGUGGCCGGGGCACGAGGAGCAGGUCGGGGCGCUGGCGCGGGAGCUGGGGUUCCAGCACGUGUCCCUGUCCUCGGGGGUGGCGGGGAUGGUGCGGGCCGUGCCCAGGGGCUACACGGCCUGCGCCGACGCCUACCUCACCCCCUGCAUCCACCGCUACCUCCACGGCUUCCGCGCCGGCUUCCGCCACCAGCUGCAGGUGAGGGGGGGGCGAGGGACCCCCACCGACACCCACCAUGGGCACCCAUCCCACUGGGAUCCCCUCACUGGCACCCAUCCCACCAGGAACCCCCAUGGGCACCCAUCCCAACAGGACCCCCCCCCCGGACCCCCCCACCGACACCCCCCCCACCAGACCCGCCUCUUCUUCAGGUCCGGUCUCUUCGUGGUUGGCCCCGAGUCGGCGGGUGCCCACCCUGGCCCUGCCUGUUACCGUAAGGGGGGGCCACUGACCGUCACCGACGCCAACCUCUGCCUGGGCCGGCUGCUCCCCGAAUAUUUCCCCCGCAUCUUCGGGCCGGGGGAGGACCAGCCGCUGUGCCGGGAGGCGGCGGCUCAAGCCUUCGAGGAGAUGGCCACCACCAUCCGGGCGUUCCAGGCCACCGCCACCGCCCUCUCGGUGGAGGAGGUGGCCAUGGGCUUCCUGCGGGUGGCCAACGAGGCCAUGUGCCGGCCCAUCCGCGCCCUGACGCAGGCGCGGGGCCACGACGCUGCCCAGCACGUGCUGGCGUGUUUUGGGGGUGCCGGGGGGCAGCACGCCUGCGCCAUCGCCCGCGCCCUGGGCAUGAGCAGGGUCUUCAUCCACAAGUACAGCGGGGUGCUCUCCGCCUACGGGCUGGCGCUGGCGGACGUGGUGCAGGAGGCGCAGGCCCCCUGUGCCCUGCGCUACGAGCCCCCCAACUUCCCCCGGCUGGAGGGGGUGCUGGCCCAUUGGGGUGUCCCGGUGCCCCCCUGGCCGCAGCUGCCGUUCCUGCUGGAGGAGCUGGGCUGCGACCCCAGCGUCCCCGGCCCCGCCAUCAUCAUCGACAAGAACAGCACCAUCGUGGUGGAGCCGGGCUGCACCGCCAGCCUCACCCCCUUCGGUGACAUCUCCAUCGCCAUCGGGUCGGGCGCCCCGCGCCCCGUCGGCCCCCAGCUCGACCCCAUCCAGCUCUCCAUCUUCUCCCACCGCUUCAUGAGCAUCGCAGAGCAGAUGGGCCGGAUCCUGCAGCGGACGGCCAUCUCCACCAACAUCAAGGAGCGGCUGGACUUCUCCUGCGCGCUCUUCGGGCCGGACGGGGGGCUGGUCUCCAACGCCCCCCACAUCCCCGUCCACCUGGGCGCCAUGCAGGAGACCGUCCAGUUCCAGAUCCGCAACCUGGGUGAGGACCUGCGGGAGGGGGACGUCAUCCUGAGCAACCACCCCUGCGCGGGGGGCAGCCACCUGCCUGACCUCACCGUCAUCACCCCCGUCUUCUGGCCGGGUGUCCCCAAGCCCGUGUUCUUCGUGGCCAGCCGGGGCCACCACGCCGACAUCGGGGGCAUCACCCCCGGCUCCAUGCCCCCCCACUCCAAGACCCUGCAGGAGGAGGGGGCCGUCUUCAUCUCCUUCAAGCUGGUGAAGGACGGCGUCUUCCAGGAGGAGGCUCCAGAGAUCCCCCCCCCUCCCCAUUCCCAGAUGCUGGAGAACCCCUUGGCUCCAGGCAGCGCCGUCUUCGACUUCUCGGGCUCGGGGCCGGAGGUGCACGGGAACUGCAACGCCCCCCGCGCCAUCACCCUCUCGGCCCUCAUCUACUGCCUGCGCUGCCUGGUGGGGCAGGACAUCCCCCUCAACCAGGGGUGCCUGGCCCCCGUGCGGGUGGUGAUCCCCAAGGGCUCCAUCCUGGACCCCUCGCCCGAGGCCGCCGUGGUGGGGGGCAACGUCCUCACCUCCCAGCGCGUGGUGGACGUCAUCCUCCGCGCCUUCGGCGUCUGCGCCGCCUCCCAGGGCCAGGCCACUGCCCCACGGGCCACCAGUGCAGCCAAGGCGUGUGGGGCACAGUAG